CGACGAUAAAAUAACUUUCAUUUUUCACCUCAAUACAAUACAGUACUUUAAAUUAAAUAAUUUAUAUGAAUGAACUGAGCUGUUGUGAUGUGGCAAUGGCAUGAUUGAAUGUAUUGUUUUUUAACUGCAUCUUAAUCAAUUUCGCCUAUUUCUAAUUGAUAACAGAAAAUAUGAACGAGAAUCUGGAUUUUGCUGAAAUACAUUAUCACUCAAUGGAGAAAUCUUUCCAAGAACCCACUUGCAGCAAAAGGACUGAGGGAGAUGGAAUGGAAAAUACUGAUGAACCAACAAGUUCAGAAAUAAGUAUAGACAAGAAAACUACAGUUAAAAAGGCUGAAUGUUUACGAGAUAAGUUAAUUUACAUUCCUGAAGAUUUUCAAAACUUCAUGCCUCAACCUCCAAAAAUUACUGGGAAAAUCGUUCAGCUGAGACCAGCACCGAUCAUUGUCAAGCCUCCCAAACAUGAUCAAAAUGCAAUUAAAUUGCAUGGUAAAGAACCUAAAUUUGUUCCUUAUGAGCCUUACAAAUGUGCAGUAAACCCCAUGGUUCCCCAAGAAAAGAAAAUGCACAAAAAGAAAUCAAAGAAAAUGUCCACAGGCUCACUGCCAGUGUUGGAACAAAACCUUGAAACUGACUGCCUUCAAACAGCGGACUCCUGUGUUCAGAGUACCCAUUUGUUAGAGUCAAAUAACGAACAGUAUGAAAAAGAAAUUGACCGUUUAAGAAAAGAAAACAUGCAGCUUGAAAAUCAGUUGAAGUUUCAAAUUCAGGUGAAUGGUGACUUGAAAAAUCUACUUGUUGCCUCGGUGGGGGAAGAUAUGGAAACUAGAGUCCACAUUCUGACUGAGGACAAGCUGCAUCUUGCUCGGGCAUUGCUGAACUCAGCGCAGAAAUUAAAUACGCACCAGGAACAAACAGAGUGGCUAGCAGGCCAGUGUGAAGUCUGGCGGAGCAAAUUCCUGGCAAGCAGUAUCAUGGUUGAAGAAUUGGCCAAGUGGAAAGCACUCUUGACCCGUAGAGUGCAGGAUCUUCAAGACAUGACCAAAAAUAUAUUGGAAGAACGACGGAGAGUGAGAGAGUACCUUGUUAGCACACACAAAGAUUUGUGUGUUUUGUGUGACAAUUUUGAUGUCACGUCUCUCCGAAGUGGUAUCCACAAACUCAACAGUACCAAUGUUCUUGAUUUGAGUGAGGUGAACAUGCAGUUGAGUGCUGUGGUGAGGCUUCAGUUGCUAGGCAACGGUAUCGUCCCGUCCAAGCCAGCGGACCUGAGCCACCUAGGACCUGCCAACACAGCUGCAGAGACGGUAGCUUUGGAGCUAUUGAAACAUCCCGUACCAGAGUUGGAGAACGCGGACGCUGCUUACAGCGCCGUGAUGGGAGCCGCUGUAGCCGUUACUUCAUCUGCUCACUUGUUUUCGCCAUCAUGUUGUGGCCAUUGCACUGGAGAAAUCAAAACUAUAUGACUUGCCACAUCUGUGAUAUGCAGUUCUUUCAUGUAUCAAACAAAGUACCUUUAACGUUUGAUAGUCCUAUUAAAAAAACUGAUUUAGAAAUUUUUAGACUGAUGUUAGAUUUUGUAUACAAUGCUCUCUUCUAGUAGUCUUUCAUUAAUGACUCCUGUAUUUACAAUUUUGUCCCUGUAAAUUUCAAUUACUCAAUGCUAUUGAAUAAUUAAUUACUUCUAACCAAGUUAUAAUCAUUGAGGUAUCUAUGAGGGCAAUACUACUGUUUAUAUAUAUAUUUAUACUAGUAGUACGCUUGUUCUGCGCGUAACGGGAUGAGUGAACAUGAGCGCAAUAAUGAAAGAGUCCACCCACACCUAGCAUACUUACCGGUGUCACUGGUGAACACAAAAAUGUUAUUUGUAUCGGCAAAUCAACCCAUGAGUCGGGGCAAAUAAUGGUGAGUCGGUGGCUCAGUCGGUAGCGUCACGCGGACUUCGGGCCCAAGGCAGCGAUGUCGUGGGUUCGGAUCCUAGUCACAGCCACUAAAUUUCAGUUCACCUUUGUCCUGUACCGGCUCACCCCUUGCUUUGCUGUAAACGAUCCACGCACGGGCGCUUAGUCUAUGUGGACAGGCAAAUGCAAGGUUAAAAGAGGCUGCCAGUGCCAACCUCUUAAAAAAAAAACCAAAUCUCAGUCAACAAAAAUCCUAACUUCUCGUCCAUUAAUUAACCAAAGUCAUUGGUAAUAUACGUAAUGUAUUUCCUGUUUCUCUCUCUUCUCAUAGCAUUUUAUUAUUGCAGAUACAUCAAUCUAACUGUCAAAGAGUUCCCAUCACAAAGAGUUAAUCACAAAGAGUUCCCACACUCUGGACUGUUCACCUUGACUACUUCCUUCACCACUUCCUACUCGUGGACCUGUUUCCCUCUCUGCUCAUAGCAUUUUAGUAUUGCAGAUACAUUAAUCUAACUGUCACAAAGGGUUCCCACACUCCGGACUCCUCGCCUUGACUACUCCCUUCACCACUUCCUACGUCGUGGACCUGUUUCCCUCCCUUCCCAUGGCAUUUUUAGAAUUGCAGACACUGAACAUUAUUCUAAUCAUCACUGAGGGUUUCUACACUCCGGAAUGCUCGCCUGGACUACUUCCUUCACCACUUCCUACGUCGUAGACCUGUUUCCCUCCCUUCCUAUAGCAUUUUAGAAUUUCAAAUAGAUUAAUUUAACUUUCACAAAGGGUUCCCACACUCCGGACUGUUCACCUUGACUACAUCCAUCACCGCUUCCUACGUCGUGGACCUGUUUCCCUCCCUUCCCAUAGCAUUUUAGUAUUGCAGUUACACUAAUCUAACUGUCACAAAGGGUUUCUACACUCCAGAAUGCUCGCCUCGACUACUUCCAUUACCACUUCCUACGUCGUGGACCUGUUUCCCUUCCUUCCUAUAGCAUUUUAGUAUUGUAGGUAUAUUAAUCUAACUGUCACAAAGGGUUUCUACACUCCGGACUGCUCGCCUCGACUACUUCCAUCACCGCUUCCUACGUCGUGGACCUGUUUCCCUCCCUUCCCAUAACAUUAUAGAAUUGUAGUUACAUUAAUCUAACAGUCACAAAGUUUUUCUACACUCCAGAACGCUCGCCUCGACUACUUCCAUUACCACUUCCUACGUCGUGGUCCUGUUUCCCUCCCUUCUUAUAGCAUUUUAGAAUUGCAGUUACACUAAUCUAACUGUCUCAAAGGGUUUCUAAACUCCAGAAUGCUCGCCUCGACUACUUCCACUACCAUUUCCCUCCUUGCCUACUCCGGACUGCUCGCCUUUGACUACUUCCAUCACCGCUUCCUACGUCGUGGACCUGUUUCCCUUCCUUCCCAUAGCAUUUUAGAAUUGCAGUUUCACUAAUCUAACUGUCACAAAGGGUUUCUAAACUAACUGUCAUAAAGGGUUUUUAACACUCUGGACUGCUCGCCUCGACUACUUCCAUCACCGCUUCCUACGUCGUGGACCUGUUUCCCUCCCUUCCCAUAGCAUUUUAGUAUUGCAAUUACACUAAUCUAACUGUCACAAAGGGUUUUUACACUCCAGAACGCUCGCCUCGACUACUUCCAUUACCACUUCCUACGUCGUGGACCUGUUUCCCUCCCUUCCUAUAGCAUUUUAAUAUUGCAGUUACAUUAAUCUAACUGUCACAAAGGGUUUCUACACUCCAGAAUGCUCGCCUUGACUACUUCCAUUACCACUUCCUACGUCGUGGACCUGUUUCCCUCCCUUCCCAUAGCAUUUUAGAAUUGCAGUUACACUAAUCUAACUGUCACAAAGGGUUUCUAAACUCCAGAAUGCUCACCUCGACUACUUCCACUACCACUUCCUACGUCGUGGACCUGUUUCCCUCCCUUUCUAUAGCAUUUUAGUAUUGCAGGUAUAUUAUUCUAACUGUCACAAAGAGUUUCAACACUCCGGACUGCUCGCCUUGACUACUUCCAUCACCGCUUCCUACGUCGUGGACCUGUUUCCUUCCCUUCCUAUAGCAUUUUAGUAUUGCAGUUACACUAUUCUAACUGCCACAAAGGGUUUCUACACUCCGGACUGCUCGCCUUGACUACUUCCUUUACCGCUUCCUACGUCGUGGACCUGUUUCCCUCCCUUCCUAUAGCAUUUUAUUAUGGCAGAUACAUUAAUCUAACUGCCACAAAUGGUUCCCACACUCCGGACUGCUCGCCUUGACUACUUCCUUCACCACUUCCUAAGUGUCGUGGACCUAUUUCCCUCCCUUCCCAUAGCAUUUUUAGAAUUGCAGAUACAUUAUUCUAAUGGUCACAAAGGCUUCCCACACUCCGGACUGCUCACAUUGACUACUUCCUUCACCACUUCCUACAUCGUGUACCUAUUUCUCUCCCUUAAGUAUUACCGAUACGUUAGUCAUAAAGGGUUUCCGUACUCCUUUCUUUUCACUGCUCACCUUUCCGCUUCCUCUACGUCGGGGACCUGUUUCCCCCCCCCCCCUUCGCAUUGCAUUUUAAAAAUAUACUAACAUCUUUGAAUAUUUAAUAUUCAAUGCCAACAUUAAAUUGAAUAAUGUAAAAAGCUGCUUUGUUCUAAAUACAAACAUACCUAUAUACUUUUAAUUUAAAGGUGAAUUUUAAUACUGCACAUAAAAGGUAUAUAACUGCCGACUAAUAUUGUUAAGUUCAAUUUAUUAUUCUGAAAGUUGUGAAAUUUAAUUAGCUUAAAUAACAUUAUUCUGAAAGCUGUGAAAUUAUAAUGAUAUAUAUUCAUAGACGCCAAACUGUUUACUCCAUGAAUGAAAGAGCUUAGAGUAAAAGUCGUUCUCUCUGUCUUAAGUAGACAACAAAAUUUUUGGUCGCAAAACGUAAACAAAUACAAAGAAGAAGAAGGUAGCUCCUAAUGUUAUUCUUAUGGGACAAAUUUAAAAAUGUUUUUUAAGUAUUUUAUAAUUACUACUGAGCGGAAUCGUCUAGAAUUUUAAUGAGGUCUUCCCAGUCGUGUCAUAAUUAUUUGUGCAAAAUUUGAACGCUAUAAGUGCGACGGUUCUUGAGUUUUUGGUGCGAACACACAGACACACACAAGUGGACAACUUUUCUCCGACUCCGCUAGACACGAACACGAUACAUAGAUUCGUUCACUUCGUUCACUCAUCUAUUAUAUGCUGUGGUUGUGUUAUGAUUAUUGAGUUUUGUACAUAUUUUUGUAAUUUAGAAGUUUAAGGGUAUACAGGUGUCAGUUAAUUAUAUUCAUAUUGUUGGAAAAAAUUACUGUUUAUUUUCCUUUUACC